AUGGACAAUUUUGAUGGGGGCAAGCCGCGAAAUAAAUUUGAUGACGAUGACCUGACAGCACAAGCCGUCGAAAAUGAUGUCAACUAUGGAGAACGAUUGGAGAGAAUCAAAGCAAACGAGGUUAUCGAUCAGCGAUUGGGCAUCGAGAGAUACACGGAAGCCACUGAGAAACUCGGAUUCAUGAUCAAUAUUCAACCGUCGGAAUACGUCGAGGAACAAACGAAAAUGAUCAUCGCUGCUGUCGAUUUUUAUUUCCUAGAAGACAUGAAUAAAAGAUACAAGAUUUCCUAUCCAUUUCGCCCGUAUUUUUUCAUAGCCACCACGAAUGGAUUUGAGCAUCAAGUUGCCGCGUUGAUAUGUAAAAAGUAUGGCAGCUUUAUACAAUCGGAAAUCGUCGAGAAAGAAGACUUGGAUUUGAAAAAUCACUUAUCGGGCUUAAAGAAGAAAUACAUCAAGUUGAGUUUUCCAUCAGUGAGAGAAUUGAUGAAAGUCAAAAGUGAUUUGAUGCCGGUAAUUCGAAAAAAUCGAGAUAGAAUCAAGCAUUCUACGGAGUUUACAACCCUACUUGCAAAACAUAUUGGUGGUGACAAGAGGGAUGUUGUCGAAGGAGAUCUACUCAACGAAAUCAAUGAUAUCCGAGAAUACGAUGUACCGUAUCACAUGCGAGUGGCCAUUGAUGAAAAGCUUUUCAUUGGGAAAUGGUAUACGACUCGGGGAUUGGGACCUCAAAGAAAGCCAACGAUUGCAGCUUAUUCCGGUGAAAAACUCCCCAAGAUGCCGGUGGUUUUCGCGUUCGAUAUUGAGACGACAAAACUGCCCUUGAAAUUUCCAGACUCUUCUUUUGAUGAAAUAAUGAUGAUCUCAUACAUGAUUAAUGGACGUGGAUAUUUGAUUGUCAAUCGCAUGAUUUGCUCAGCGGAUAUUGAGGAAUUCGAAUUCACUCCAAAGGAAGAGUAUAAAGGCAAGUUCAAGAUCUACAAUGAAGAAGACGAGAAGGCGCUGUUGAGAAGGUUUUUCGAUCACAUCUUGCAAGUUCGACCAUCAAUUAUCGUGACAUACAACGGAGAUUCAUUUGAUUGGCCGUUUGUGGAAACCCGUGCGGCUGUUCAUGGCUUCAAUAUGGAGAAAGAGAUUGGAUUUGCAAAAGAUUCGGCUAACGAAUAUAAAAGUCGAAAUUGCGCUCACAUGGAUGCUUUCAGAUGGGUGAAACGUGAUUCCUAUCUACCAGUUGGUAGUCAAAAUCUGAAAGCAGUAUGUAAAGCCAAAUUACGAUACGACCCGGUUGAGCUCGACCCGGAACUCAUGUGCAAAAUGGCUAUGGAGGAUCCACAGGUUCUUGCGAGUUAUUCAGUUUCUGAUGCUGUGGCCACGUACUACUUAUACCAAAAAUACGUACAUCCGUUUAUUUUCGCCUUGUGUACGAUCAUUCCGCUUGGCCCUGACGAUGUAUUGCGAAAAGGCUCUGGAACUUUGUGUGAAGCUCUAUUGAUGGUUGAAGCCUUCCAUGGAAAUAUCAUUUUCCCAAACAAGUUCACGGGUUCGGACGAAAUGCCAAUUUCUCAUGAUGGAAAACGAAUCGAGUCCGAGACUUAUGUUGGUGGUCAUGUGGAAGCGCUUGAAGCAGGGGUUUUUCGAGCCGACAUCCCGGUCCGCUUUCGAAUGAACCCCGAAAUGUUGGGAGAAUUGAAAAAUGAGUCUGGUGAUACAUUGGCCAAAGAAAUCAAGAGGGAAUUCGGAAUUGAAAGGAGUCAACUAACAAAUUUUGAUGAAGUGAUCGCUGAGGUGCACGGAAUGUUUGAUCAACUUUUGGAACAUCCUUCAAGAAGUGAGAAUCCACGAAUUUACCAUCUCGAUGUUGGCGCGAUGUAUCCGAAUAUCAUCUUGACAAAUCGAUUGCAGCCGUGUGCAAUGGUUGACGAGGAGACUUGCAUGGCGUGUGUCUACAACACAUCGAGUUCCGAAUGUAAACGAACAAUGCCUUGGAUGUGGAGAGGAGAAAUUAUUCCCGCCACCCGUGGUGAAUAUCAACAAAUUCUUCAACAACUCGAAGGCGAAACUUUUGGAAAACCACCGAAACCAUUCCAUCAACUUGACAAAAAGACAAGACAGGAAAUCGAAAAGAAACGAGUACAAGGGUACAGUAAGAAAGUUUACGGGCGGAAUCACGAGACUCGGCUGGAAAAACGCGAAACUUCGAUUUGUCAACGAGAAAAUCCAUUUUAUGUGAAUACAGUGUUGGCUUUCCGUGAUCGGAGAUACGAAUACAAAGAGUUGCUGAAGAAGGCAAAAACGCAACAGGAUGAAGCCGAAAAGAAUCACGACACAAAUGGGAUCAAAACCGGCAAAGCGCUUUGCGUACUCUACGAGUCGCUGCAACUUGCUCACAAAUGCAUUUUGAAUUCAUUUUACGGCUAUGUGAUGCGAAAAGGUUCACGAUGGUUCUCAAUGGAGAUGGCUGGUAUUGUGUGUCACACUGGCGCCAAUAUUAUCACUGAAGCGAGGAAAUUGGUUGAGAAAAUUGGAAAACCCCUCGAAUUGGACACUGAUGGAAUUUGGUGCUUGCUUCCGUUCAGUUUUCCGGAAAACUUCACUUUUAAGGUGACAGGCUGGAAAAAAGAUAAGAUCUCCAUUUCCUAUCCUGCUGCCAUGUUGAAUGCACUCGUUCAUCAGAAAUUCACAAACGAUCAAUAUCAUCGGCUUCAAGAUAAUGGAACUUAUGCCAUUUCUUCAGAGAACACGAUUUAUUUUGAGGUGGAUGGCCCAUAUCGUUGUAUGCUUCUUCCGGCUAGCAAAGAAGAGGGAAAGAAAUUGAAGAAAAGGUACGCUGUGUUCAACUUUGAUGGGUCGAUGGCUGAGCUGAAAGGAUUUGAAUUGAAACGUCGAGGAGAGCUCAACAUUAUCAAGUCAUUUCAGGAUGGAGUUUUUCGAUCUUUUCUCAAUGGAAAGGAUCUUGAAUCGUGUUACAAGAGUGUGGCUCGAGAUGCGGACAAAUGGCUGAAUAUUCUUUUUUCUGAAGGUGUUGAUAACACUGACCAAGAGCUCUUCGAUUUGAUUGCCGAGAAUCGUUCAAUGAGUCGCAAGCUGGAGGACUAUGGAGAACAAAAAUCGACCUCAAUCUCAACGGCGAAACGAUUGGCAGAGUUUCUGGGAAAUGACAUGGUUAAGGAUGCCGGCUUGGCCUGUCAGUUUAUCAUCUCGAAAUUUCCGAUUGGAGCACCUGUGACCGAACGAGCAAUUCCUUUAGCUAUUUUCCAGGCAGCUUCGUCUGCUCGUGGUACAUUCCUACGAAAGUGGACGAAAAAUCAGGAUAUGACUGGAGAAACUGAUCUGCGACUGCUACUUGAUUGGCCCUAUUAUAUUGAACGAUUUGGAAGUUGUGUUCAAAAGAUUAUCACCAUUCCGGCGGCACUUCAGGGAGUUGAAAAUCCGGUACCUCGAAUUUCACACCCAGAUUGGCUACGAAAUAAGAUCAAAAGCAAGGUUGACGAGACUCUACAGUGUAAACUUGGUGAUUUUGGCUUCACGUUGUCAAAAAGAAAAGCCACUGAGAUCAAUGCAAAUGGGAAACGCCUUUCAACUCAGCCGAAUGUGGAAGAUCUCACGUUGGAUUUAUGCAAGUUGACAGGAACACAAGAAGAGAAUAAAGAGAAUCAUCCAGCUGUGAAGAAAUCGAAACCCGAAGCUGAUACGAAUGGAGAACUCAAAAAGAAAACUCAGGCUAGAGAUGGUUUUGAUGCUUGGUUGGGCUUCUUAAAAAGAAAAUGGAAACAAGGACGAAAGGACCGAAAGCAGACGCAACAAAAGUCAACAGCAGUCGAGCAAAUGCUUGUGCUUUCGAAGCAACGGAUGCAUAAUAGAUUUUGGCAGGUCCUUGCUGUGGAAGAAACACGAGAGCCUGAUGUUUUCAAUGUCUGGGUUUCAAUUGAUGGACAAAUGAGCAAGCAUGGUGUUCGUGUUGAGCGGUCUUUCUAUGUGAAUCAACGAGAUAAACGGGAGAAAGGGGAAACAUCGAAAAAAGUGCUGCCACAUCGAAAAGAAUCGCUGUAUUUAUAUGAACAUCGGAUCGAAGAGGCUAGAUUUGAAGAGCUUUUGACGUCAAUCAACUCGGAGCUUUGUACAACAGCGGUGGAAGGAGUCUACGAAUCUCAGACCCCACUUCUCUUCCGACUCUUGAUUGAGAUGGGUUGUAUGUGUCGAGUGAAUGGACCGGCCGUGCAUACAAUUUGGCCACUCACCUCGCUCAAAAUGGUACCCCUAUCCGAAGCUGAAUAUCUACCACAAGGCUCAAUUCGAUCGAUCUUUCUCUACAAAUAUUCACAGGAUUCUCGUGCAAUCUGGGUGAUCUUUGAUGCGUCGACCUCCGAGGCUCACUUUGUGAUGGCCAAUAAAGGAGAUAUGCAGAUACCCAAUUUGGAGAAAGUUUACAGAGAACUACACCAAGCAAGUUGCGAAGAAUUUGGCAUUCGUACGAUGAAAGGAAUUCGCGAACAAUUGACUUUCCAUAUCAAGAAAGUGGCCUCAUUGAGAGAAGCUGAACGAGAAAUUGGAAAGAUUGUGAAGACGAUGAAGAGUGCGACGGCUCGACCCACAAUUCUUGUCACACAAGCAAAUGAAAGCCGCGAAUCUUUGAUUCGGAAUGUCCCCAAUCUUGGUCUUUUCCCACACGUACCGAUUCACCAAAAAGCCGAACCCUCAUCGCUUUUCUCGAGCAUCGACUGGCAACGAGUGACGGCGAAACGAGCAAUUCAACACUAUUUCUACAGUUUCAUCUAUCUAGAAGACUACGUUGAAUGGGCACGGUACAUGCAUAUCCCUUUGGGGAACAUUCCUCCAGAUACGGCUCAAUUUGCGAUCGACCUCUUCUUUGCUCGACACCUCACAAGAUCUGGACACAUUCUGUGGGCCUCUCCUAGUAGCCGACCCGAUCUCGGUGGAAAGGAGCUCGAUGAUACCCGAUUGGUGGUCGAUUGGCAGCCGCUAAAUGAAGAUCAAGCAAUCCUUUCCAAACCGGCAUUUUGUGGCAAUGUUUGUCUCGAACUCGAGUUGGGCGCCGUGGCGGUGACAGCGGUUGUUCAUCGAAGUCGUCUCUUUGAGGCAGAAGGAGCUGAUGACACGGUAGCUUUUGAUUCGACGGCGGCUCUUCCUUCCGAUGCUUUGGCUGGUGUACAAAGUGCUAUUUCCGCUUACGAUGAGGGUGCUGCUGUUGACGGAGCUUUUCGAAUUUUGAAAAUGAUGCUACAAGAGUGUAUCCGAGAUAUUGCCUUGCAUUCGAACAAACGCGCCGAUCAAGUUGUGUUGGCAUUGCACAGAUGGCUUCUUUUACCUUCUUCAUAUCUCUUUGACCCGGCCAUUGCUAGAUCAGUUUCGAUUCUCGAGAAAAAACUGUGUCUUCUUUUGGCGACAGAAAUUGAAAGACUCGGUGGUAUGGUUGUUCAUGCGAGUCCUUCAAAGAUUGUCUUUUGCACUGGAAAGCCCAACUUGGAUGCGGCUCGUUGCUUUACCGAACUUCUCAUCAAAACCCUCCAAAAGAACCCACUUUUUGGAUCGAUCCAUAUGCGAGUGGCAAACGAAUGGACAUCACUUUUGUGGAAAGACCAUUUCAAUUAUGCUGGCUUGUUUAUGGAUGAGACACCAAAAGAAGUUGAAGGAAUGGAAGAAGAGACUCCGCCACAAAACAAUCUCAUUCCAAAUUCACAAUGGCGUUUAUGCAAUCAACUGCCGGAAAUUGGAAAUAUUCAAGAGGAAUUCCAAAAGAUCAUCAUUGGAUAUUUGAUUCUUUGGUCGAAAGCUAUUACCGCAGAGGGGAACGAUCUCACAAACGAUGCCAAAGUUGAGAUACGAUCAAAGUUGCUGAUGGAUGAGGUUCUUCCGAGGAUGUUCCGUGUCGUGUCAAAGUUGUGCACUGAACAUGGGGAUGCGGGAAAAGAGGCUUCGAAUUUCUUGAUUACAAGCGUUUGCACGGCUCUCGGCUGUGAUAGCGAUUGCGACGAGGCGAUCGAUUCGAUGAGUUCUCAAUUGAAGAGGCUGCUCGACGCACCUUUGGUUGAGCUCAAAGUUCACAGUCUUUACAUUCGUUCGCUCUUUUGCACCCAUUGCAAUGUGAGUGUGGAUGUGGAUUUGUGCGAGGAGAGUGCGUGGACUUGUUCCAGUUGUGAAAAGAGGCACGAUCUUGAUGCAAUCGAUGGCCUUAUUGCUGAACGCUUGAACUCUCUGCUGACCGCUUAUUUGGUACAGGAUCACGUGUGUAUGAAAUGCAAAUCGGUGCGGCGAGAUAUCUUGUCGGAAUAUUGUGAGUGCACGGGAACAUACGCGAAUUGCUUGCAACGGGACGAGCUCAUUGGGAACGCGGAGAUAACUCUACUGAUUGGUGACUCUCAUGCGAUCCCCCAAACGCAAGCAAUCGCUCAAUGGAUUGUUGCAACGGUC